AUGGCUUGGCCGGUGUGGUUGUCAGUGCCAUUUCAGACACCACAGGAAAAGAAGGAAGCUGCACACUCCACAUUCACGUUUGAGCAAAAGUAUCGAAACCCUGGAUUGCCACCUCUAUCCCUCGUGAGACGCAAAGCUAAUACCCAUUCCAAUCGUCACGUGAUGCAACUAUUGGAUGAGCUUGAGGCCAAGAGUCGGGUGAGCACCUGCUGGAAAAAUGCUAUUGAAUCGCUCAAGGAAGGAUGUGGAUCACUUCGCACAGACGAUGGUGCACGCAGUCGUUUGGCUCUAAGGAUGGCAUCAUGCGACGGCGAAUCCGACGGGGGUCACCGUUCGUGGCCGCGUUGCUCUAUCGACCGUGAUAGUGAUAUACGGCAGUGUGUACAACAUCUGGGGGACGCGCAGUACCUCGUAUAUGCGCAGUAUCGACUACAUACUGAUGUCUUGUGUCUUUACAUUCAAGAAGAGGUCUUUCAGGAGCGGACAGAAGCUGUUGUGAAGACGCUCUAUGCGGGUGCAGCUGCAGCAUCAGAGACCCUCCAGUCGCUUCGGGACUCCAGCGAUGAGCUGCUGGGGUCUGUGGAAGAGGCAACAAGACAGCAGAAAAGUAACUUUAUCGAAACACAGCGACUCUAUGGCCAACUGCAAGAAUUACGAGAUGGUCAAUCAAAGGCGUUUGAGUCCUUAAGGGAAUCUACGGAACGAGUUAUGCAGUCCGUGACAGAUGCAGGCUUGAGUUUAAGUCGAAUGCAUGUAGCACUUGAUGAAGGUGCUGCUCACGCUGCAGCUGCUGUGAAGGAGAUUACACGUGAGACAGCGGCGUUUCAGAGCCGUACUGAGGCUUAUGCAUCCAACAUGCUGCAAGUGCUGGAACGUGUUGAGGGAUUUCAGCAGUCGUUGGUGGAGGGAACGAUGGGUAUCGGUGCAAUGUUUCACUGUGCCAUACUCCUCCUUAUCCUUUUGUUGUUCACCAUUCCUGCACGUACAGCCGCUGCGAGACUGCCCUGCAUUGCUGUAGUUUGUGUGGCCUAUGCAAUUCGACCAUUUCUCCCCCGAACACUGAACUAUGCGCUGGGGGCUACUGGCGGUAACAGCAAUAAUAACAAUAACAACAGUAACAAUAUCUUCUUUGUUUUCGUGACACUUGUUGUUGGAGCAACUCUCUUAUUUUUUGCGUAUACCUAUCGUUCUCCCGACCAGGCACUGCGACUUGUGCUGCGAUGCGAAAUGCGUCGUGUGUUAGAAGACACGAGAGGAUCCAUGCUUGAGGAUGUUCGCCAGACAGUUAUCGAAGGUGUUACCGAAGCAAUGCCACGUGUGGGUGGCUUUGCAGGAUCACAUCAGCAACAGCGGCGCGAAGAGAGUGCGAGAUUGCUUGUCUCUUCUAUGAGUAACAAGGAGGAAGCAGAAUUGGGGGUGGAAGAGGAAGAAAAUGGGGUGCGCACACCACCAACGGUAAAGAAACCACGACGUAGAAAAUCCAGUUGA